CUGAGCGCGAGCCCCGCCCCGGGCUGGGCGGGCCCGGCGGUCACGCGCGCCAUGGCGGUGUUGGGGUACUGGGACAUCCGCGGGGUGAAGAGCUACUGGCUGGGUCCCAACUACCUGAAGGAGGGUCCGGAGGGGAACGACAUCCGCCGGACCAACGUCCCCGACAUCCGUGUGAGCUAUCGCUUCGAGACGCUGUGCCAGGAGCUGACGCUCAUCACGCAGGCGGUGCAGAGCGCUGAGCUGGAGCCCAUCCAGGAGGAGGACGUGCUCACCAUCUCCCUCGGCACCCACUGAGCACCCAGAUCCCCCCUGAGCCCCCCAGGGCUCUGCCGCCGUCCCCCACCCGCUACCUCCUGCCCUGGGAAGGGGCCGCUCCUGCUGCUGUCCUGGUGCUGCUGGCACCGCUGCAGGGCUUGGAGUUUGUUGCGUCCUCUCCGUUUCAUCUUGUUUUGGUCAUUUUAUGGGUGGUUUUUUUGUCUUUUUCUGUUGUUUUUAACUGGUGUCUCCUUGCUGCCUUGGGCCCUGCUGGGCUUGAUGGCACGAGGAGGUGACACAGGUGAGGGCACAGCCACGAGGUCCUGGAUUUACCUCCCAAGCUGAGGAUGCCGUGACAAGUCGGGGGUCCUGGGUGCUGGUGUGGUGACAGUGUGGGAGUCCCUGCCCAGCCCCACCUGGGUCCUGACACUUUAACCCUAGUGCCCUCUCAGCCUGCCCUUCCAUCCUGUGGGGACAACCAAAGGAACCCAGACCUGCGGGCUCUGCUGUCGGUGGGGACACAGUGGCCCAGGGGACAGGGGGAUGGUGCUGGGUGGGGGAUGCUCCAUCCUCAUCACCACAGGGCAGAAGGCAAGGGGUGGGAUGGGGAGUGUUUCAUCCUCACCACCUCGGGGAUGAAGGAAAAGGGGACCAGGUGACACGUGGCCCUGUCCCCAACACUCCCAGGGGGUGUUAGUUUGUGGCCCAGAUCGGGCUGGAGCAGGCUUCUCCCAUCCCAGUGGAGCAUUGCCCCCUCUAUCCCUGCAGUCCUCCAUGCCAGUCCUGCUCAUGUGCAUCCGGAGCCGGCAUUCCUGGGAAAACCUAAUGGCGACUAUAAAAACAACAAACGAAAAAAGUUUUGGAAAAAAACCCUAACCGAGCAUGAAAAAUAAAAGUAUUUAAGUAAAA